AUGUCAGAAUGUGUGUUUGAGGGACUACUUGGUACAGUUGGGACAUCAUCCAUUGUCAAUAUGGGGCGAGAUAUCAUGGAUAUUAUCGUGAAGUUUUAUAAUCAAUUGAACAAAAGCUAUGUUUGUAUAGACGGAGGGAGUUACAGAGAAGGUUUCAGAAUGGACGUAUCGGAUAGAGACUUCAUGGUCUGGUUAAAACAUCAGCGAGUAAUCUGGAAUUUAUCUGAAGCACAGAAUUACAAAUCAUUUAAAUUUACACUUAUUCUUGCUGACUGUUCUGAUAGUCCACCUGGAUUCUCUUUACUUCAAUUGUUAACACAGAGAACUGGUGGAACUGAUGGCAUGCUCCAUAAAUCCUGCUUCAGAAUGAAUGACAAAAUCUAUAUAUCAAGUUCUCUCUACAUUGAAAUGAAACGCCCAAUAGUUGGAAUUGUAUCAAAAGUAAACGGUCCUUGUGUAAGUGGACCUUGUGGAGAGAUAGAAUAUGACGCUGCGCAUAGUUUUGUGAGUGACUUUUGGCCUCCAGUUGCAUAUUCAUGGAUAAAAAGGUGUCAGGUUUGGCCAUUAUCUAACAUUGUAAAUGAUAUAGUCGAAGAUGGUUGUCACUUUGUUACAAUAGGACAUAAACAGGGAAAUCACAGGGACAAUGAAUGGAGAAUUUCUUUCUCUGUGGCAGAACAAAGACUUGUUCGCUCAAUGGAUCAUAACCAAUUCUUGAUUUAUGGUUUGUUAAAGCUUUUCAUGAGAGAGGUCAUUAAUAAUACGUCAGAUGAAAAUAAGUUAUUGAGUUCAUAUCAUGUGAAGACUGCCGUGUUUUGGAUUAUUCAGAGCGAUGUACUUCCAGGAUGCAUUCUCGAGGGUUUUUGGGUUUGUUUUAAACUAAUCCUGAAAUGGGUGUACGACGGUUACUGUCCCAACUUCUUCAUUCCUGAAAAUAACAUGUUUCUAGGAAAAAUCUUCGGUGCAAAUCAAAAGAAUUUUGUUUUCUAG